AUGACACGUAAAACAUCUCUUCCGUAUCCCGCCAGUCCCCCACCUCAGCCUCCUUCGUCGAGUUAUUACCCAGAGCCACAAGCCAAUCUGGUACCGGACUCGACCGAUCUCCCUUCCCUACCCUCGUCCUCACGAAGGAAUCCGAUUGUCGCAGAAUCUCCCAGUUUUGAAGACGCAGAGAAUCCUUGGUCUGAUCUGCGCACGAAAGACCAGAAGCCCGAUCGACCGCUGCCUGAUGUUCUCAGACCAGGUCAACCUCGCUCAUCUCCCGGGCUUGUUAGCAACCCCCAGACUCAUGCUCUCUCGAAUAUCCCCCAGAUUCUACGAGCAGGUCGCUCGCAGGAAGAUACGCCCAGAUCAUCAUUGGACAGUCAACGCUCCAAAGACUUCUGGGAAGAUUCGGACGAAGGAGAAGGUGGUCGAGGGAAGAGCCCAAAGAGGGGACAAAUUGCGCUUCCGGAUAACGAUUUGCAUGCGGAGCCAUGGGUCGAUGUAGAGCCGCCUGAGCAGUCUACUGGGAUCAAGAGGAAACCCGUGGGUUGGGGUCCGUCGCCUGCACAAUCAAGACCCGAUAUACCCACUAUGUCGGCUUUCGCCUCGAAUAAUCCCUUUAGACGCCCUUCGGAUAAUGCUUCAGGAGACGAGCGGAUCGAACUCUCUAAUGGAGACCAGGAUGUGCCUGAAGCAGCGGUGAAGGGCAAAGAGAUGGAUCGAGGGCAUGCUGCGGCCCCUGUUGACCGUUUCCAAGGCUUCAGUGUUGGUAGUGGCACGAUAUCGGGCCCAACCUAUAAUAUCAAGCAGGACACGCAGACACCAGCAGACUCAUGGGGAAUUAGGCAUCAGACGGGACAGCCUCCCAUGCCGCAAGCUCCUCCACCACCUCCACCGAUAGAACCUCGAUCACCGUUCAGUGAACAGCCACCACUCAUACCAGUGUCUCCUCAACAUGACUCAGUCGAGAACCAAAACCCUUGGGCCUCGAAUGUCAACCUUGUACCUCCCACUCCGUCUCCGAUUCCGUUCUCUCCUUCUCAAAAACAAGUAUCAAAUUAUAAUAGCGACCUUUUGGACCGUGGACAGCAGAGCGGAGUUGUAUCCCUCAAGGAUGAACUAGAAACACUCCCCAAUGCUGCUCAGGCAGGCGUUCCAACAAAUGAUGAACCCUCAUUGCUAGAAGACGAUGAGUCCCGGCCUCCCCUGCCUCUCAGACCGGCACAUCGUGCAGAGACCGAGUACUACGACCCGCCCGAAGGACCACCUCCACCCAAACCACUCCGACCGACAAUACGCACAACUAUUCCCUCGGAUGAAGAUGUCGCCAAAAUGAUAGAGCAAAGGAACGAAACAUACCAAAUCAAACAUUUUAGUUGGUUCGAUCACGGCUCUCGGAAACUGAGAAGAUCUUCGAUGUUAACCCAGAAUAAAAAUGGCCCGUGUCCUCUUUUGGCGUUGGUGAAUGCUUUGAUCUUAGGAGCGAAACAGGAGUCUCAGGCGGCACUCGAUGAAGCUCUUCGGACACGUGAACAAGUGUCGCUUGGCCUCAUUAUUGAAACGUUGAUGGACGAACUCUUGUCGCGAGGGUUUGACGCUGUGGGAGAAGUCAUGCCCGACGUGGAUGAACUGAACCAUUUCUUGAUGCGCUUGCGAACAGGUAUGAACGCCAAUCCCAGAUUCGUACCGCCUUCACAACCGGCGCCCAAUCUGAUGGAUGCGGAUGACUCUUUGCUGAAUAUGCCGCAACGGGAACGUGCGAAACAAAAGCUAGGGACGUUUGAGGCCACGCCAGACAUGAAACUCUACGGGGCUUUCCAAGUUCCCUUGGUACAUGGCUGGCUUCCUGACCCGGGGUCCGAAGCCGCAAAGGCGUUUGCACGAUCUGCGCAGACAUACGAAGAUGCUCAAGCGCUCCAGUUUGGGGAGGAGGAAUUGGAAUACAAACUCACGACCCAGGGAUUAACGACCACUGAGCAAAACAUGUGGGAGGACAUCAACGCCAUCAAAAACUUCCUCAAGACAUAUCCCACCCAGCUGACUCCUUCUGGCCUCGAAGCUGUUCAAGAUUCGAUCCCAUCAGGCUCCUUUGCCAUCAUGUUCCGCAAUGACCACUUUAGCACGAUCUACAAGCACCCUGAAAGUGGUCAAAUUUUCACUCUGAUCACAGAUGCCGGUUACGCGGACCGGGACGAAAUCAUUUGGGAAAGUCUCGUUGACAUCAGCGGCAAACACAACGAAUUUUUCUCGGGUGAUUUCAUGCCCGUCAGUCACCAUGACGGUGGAGACGAGUCGUCAACGCAUCCAGCUGCGCGACGGUCGUCACAGCUCUUAAGCGUCAGCAAUGUGCCUGCGGCUACACCUCUGUCUCCGCAAGAACAACAAGAACAACACGACGCCGACUUUGCCAUGGCACUACAAUUGCAAGAAGAGGAGGAGCAGCGACAACGUGCGGAUCGAAAUAGACGACAUGGGAGCAACACGGGUUCCUCCAGCACGCAACCACGAAGAUCACAGACAGGGAACAUUCCGAUACCUCUUCGCUCCACACAGCCGCCACCCGAAGUACGGCCCCCGAUUCCACCUCGCGUCUCGCGCGCACCUAAUCCAGGCGUCAAUCGUCCAUCGGAUGCCUUGGCUGAAGAUGCACCCCCCGCAUACGAGGAAGCAGCUAAAGGCAGACCAUACAUUCCACCACUUGGCAGCCCAUUGCAUCCCUCUUCAGAACCGUCUCCCAUGAACUCUAACACGCAACUGACCGGGACCAUCAGUAACAUCAGCACCCACUCAGCGUCAGGGAUGGUUGACACUCCUUCCCAUCCACCAGGACCCAAUGCGGGCAGGAGGGAACCAAGACGCCGGACGAGUGCAUAUAAUGAGAUGUCUCAGUAUUACACUAACUCGCCGCAAAGGUUACAGCCACCACAGGGAGUGUCAGGGCCUUCUGGAAGAGGACGGCAUGGACAGGAUCGAGAUUGCAUUGUUAUGUAG